CGUCAAGAUCGCUAUACCUGUCGUUCUUUUAUAAUUUCCUUAACCUACACUCUAAGCCGCCUGAGGUGCAUACGCAUGCGUAGCUUAUCCGAGAUUGUUAUCGAAUCCCUCUUUCAAGUCCGAAUCCACUGAAUAUCUCUUUGUGGCUGAACUACCUGGAGUUGUGGCCCAGAUAUGACCACAAAAGAUACACCAACAGCUACACCCAGAAUCCCUCCAGCGCACACAGAAUUCCUGAUCGGCUGGAUAUGCGUUCUCCAAAAAGAAUAUCGUGCCGCCGCUAGCAUUCUAGACGAAAGGUACGACACCACCGGCUUGGUGCGCGGCCAGGGAGACAGGAACCAAUAUAUCAUGGGCCGAGUCGGCGAGCAUAGCGUGUCAAUCAAUGUACCACCAGCAGGGAGUUACGGCCAGCUCCACGCAUCCCGGAUUGCGCUGGACAUGAAGAGUACUUUCCCCAGGAUGCGAUUUGUGCUGUUAGUUGGGAUUGCGGGUGGAGUGCCUUUCCUGAAACAACAUAUUCGGCUUGGGGAUGUUGUGCUGGGGACAAAGGUUGUGCCUUACGCGACGGGCAAGGAGACUGAUGAUGCGUUUGAACGAACUGGAUUGGUAAAGGUGCCGCCCAGGGAACUUUUAGGCACAUUAACGUUCCUGGAUGAGCGUAUUUGGUCGGGGGAUCUUGUUCUCUCCAAGUCUAUCGAGAGGGUUCGAACCAAAGCCGGCAGAAGUGCGGCUGACUUUGUUCGGCCGCCGGAUGAUCGAUUGUAUAGAAACAGCUACAUCCAUAAAGACUCUGAUUGUGACUGUCUGCAACCUGGAUUACAACAGGAGAACCUAUGCCCGCCUGACGACCGUGAGGCAGGGUCGGUCCGAAUAUUCCAAGGAGGCAUUGGGUCCGAUAACAUUGUCAUGAAGAAUGCUGCCAGCCGCGACGAGAUAGCCCGCCGAGAGGACAUUCUGUGUUUCGAGAUGGAAGCUACCGGAGUAAUGGAUGUCACGCCUUGCCUCUCUAUCCGAGGAAUUUCAGACUACGCAGAUGGACACAAAAACGACGACUGGCAUUUGUAUGCCGCUCUCGCGGCAGCAACAUGUGCUCGGGAGUUAUUGCUAUCACUUCCGCCGCAGGCUAUAGCGCAAUUCCCUAUGACCCUUUCCGGGGACCAGGUGGAUCGGUAUAUCACAGGGGCUGUUAGCAACCCAAAUCGCUUUUCCGGCAGCGACAUCGAGAGGCUGAGGCAAACCCGGGAGAAUCUAAUGGAGCGCCACACCUUCCUCGAGGAGCUCGUGAGGACGGAACUUCGCAAGAUGAAAAAGGAGAAAGCAAAGGAUGAUCUGCAAAGGGUACGGCGCAGGACGGAGAGAUUUCAGUCAUUCCAAAAGGAUUUGAGAGUACACUUGGAAGACUUGAGCCGCCUUGUGAAACAGCGUGAUGAUUUACUCUUCAGUCAAGACCCGGUCGUCCGAGAAGAAUACAAGCAACUGGACACUCAGGUGCGAAGGGACGAAGAAGCCAUGGCGCAGUUGGCCCAGGAUAGUCUACAGGCUACAGGCAGUCUGCUCAAGAGAUGGGGGGCAGUUUUCAGUUCACCGCAGUUGACCUCUGCUGGUACAACAUUGGGAAACAGUGGUGAAUACAUAAGGAAUAUCACAUGGUUGUUAGGGCCCGGUCUCUUGUUCCCAACUGUCGCUACGUGGCGAUGGCUGGAAUUAAGAGUAUUCAACAAUGGCCCUCCGAGGUUAGGCAAUGAAGCAGAGGUGCAAUCUAUGCUGACCUUUGUAUAAUGGAAUGUAUGGCUAGCUUUCGGGUGACAUACACCAAUUCUCGAGUGAGAGAAAUAAAGUAGGUAAUAAACAAUAGAAAUGUUUCUCCGUGCA